CUAGAGGAAGAAAAGCCGAGUGGUUUCUGGGCUCCUGCAAGAGUCGAAGCAGUAGCAGCAGCAGCAGCUGGUGGAUGAAGAGGAUACCAAUAUGAGCGCUCUGGACAACUGAGAAUAACCAGCAACAACCAGGGAGAAAAUCCAGAAGAGAUUUCAAACUGGAAAAAGUAGAUUAUGCAGAAUUCAGCAAUAGAUUACAUGAAAAGGUGAAAGGAGAUUAUUUCUUCCAUUUAGAAAAAGAGGUAAAAAUCUAGAAAUGAGUGAGGAGGAAAAAGACAAUUGGAUAGCCACAAAAGGUAGACACUAAUGCAAGUCUCUAGAUGGUAAUGCAGCCAAGCUCCAUGCAACAAGAGAUCACAUGUAUUUUUGACCUCUUCAAGAACUUCAGUGGUAGAAAGGUUCCAUAGAGGUGCCUGUUGUGGAAAAAGCACACAUAGCAAAUCACAUAUUAUGCAUAAGAGGAUCCACUCUGGAGGAAAGCCAUACAAAUUACCUGAAUGUGGGAAAAGAUUUAGUUAGAUCAGCUCCCUUGUGGUUCAUUGAAUGAGCCACACAGGAGAGAAGUUCUAUAACUACUCGCAAUGCAGUAAACGCUUUUGCAAGCAUGUCAACUUGGUGAUACAUCAGAGGACUCAAGUGAGGGGAAAACCCUUUGAAUGUGUUGACUGUUGGAAAACAUUCAGUCAGAAUUCCAACCUGAUGGUACGUAUAUUACACGAUGCACACAGGAAAGAAAUCAUAUAACUGUGCUGAUUGUGGAAAAAGCUUCAUUACAAAUUCCCAGCUGGAAAUACACCAGAGGACUCACACAGGAGAGAAACCAUUUGAAUGUCCUGAUUGUGGGAAAAGUUUCAGUCAUCAUUCAAGCCUGGUGACUCAUCAGAGGACUCACACCGGAGAGAAACCCUUUGAAUGUUCUGAUUGUGGGAUAGGUUUCAGUCAUAAUUCAAGCCUGGUGAUUCAUCAGAGGACUCACACAGGAGAGAAACCCUUUGAAUGUUCUGAUUGUGGCAAACGUUUCAGUCGAAAUUUCUCCUUGGUUCAACACCAGAGGACUCACACAGGAGAAAAACCAUUUGAAUGUCCUGAUUGUGGGAUAGGUUUCAGUCAUAAUUCAAGCCUAGUGAUUCAUCGGAGGACUCACACAGGAGAGAAACCCUUUGAAUGUUCUGAUUGUGGCAAACGUUUCAGUCGAAAUUUCACCUUGGUUCAACACCAGAGGACUCACACAGGGGAAAAACCGUUUGAAUGUCCUGACUGUGGGAUAGGUUUCAGUCAUAAUUCAAGCCUGGUGAUUCAUCAGAGGACUCACACAGGAGAGAAACCCUUUGAAUGUUCUGAUUGUGGCAAACGUUUCCGUUGCAAUUCCACUUUGGUUCAACACCAGAGGACUCAGCAAGGAGAAAAACAGUUUGAAUGUCCUGAUUGUGGGAAAGGUUUCAUUUAUAAAUCAAGCCUAGAGAUUCAUCAAAGGACUCACACAGGAGAGAAACCCUUUGAAUGUCCUAUCUGUGGGAAAUGUUUCAGUAAGAAUUCCAAUUUGGUUAGCCACCAGAGGACUCACACAGGAGAGAAACCCUUUGAAUGCUCUGAUUGUGGGAAAGGUUUUAGUCAGAAGUCCAAUCUGGUGGAACACCAGAAGACUCACACAAGAGAAAAACCUCUUGAAUGUCCUGAUUGUGGGAAAGAUUUUAGUCUGAGUUCCAGCCUUGUGAGACACCAGAGGACUCACACAGGAGAGAAACCCUUUGAAUGUCCUGAUUGUGAUAAACGUUUCAGUCGGAAUUAUUCCCUGGUGAUUCAUCAGAGGACUCACACAGGAGAGAAACCCUAUAAAUGUCCUAUCUGUGGGAAAGGCUUCAAUCAAAAUUUCAGGCUGGUGAAACACCAGAGGAUUCACACAGGAGAAAAACACUUUGAAUGUCCUUCUUUGUGGGGAAAAAUUCAGUGAGAAGUCCAAACUGGUGAAACACCAGAGGACUUACAUGAGAGAAACAAUAUAAAUGUCCAGAUUGUGGAAAACUUUUCAGUUAGAAUUUUGAUCUACUUAUACACCAGAGGACUUUUACAGGAGUAAAGCCAUACUAGUGUCCAGGUUGUGGGAAAAGUUUCACUUACUAUUCUGACCUG